CGCCCCCGCGGCUUUCUCCGAGUCUCCCGGCGCCAGCGGGGCAGCUCGCUCUCCAUGGGGCUGAGGGGCUGGCUGAGGACCGUGUGCUGCUGCUGCCCGUGCCAGUGCCUGGAGGAGCCCGCCGUGCCCGAGAAGGAGCCCCUGGUCAGUGGUAACAAUCCGUAUUCUUCGUUUGGAGCCACCCUGGCGAGGGACGAUGACAAAAACUUGUGGAGUGCGCCUCACGAUGUGUCCCACACAGAGGCGGACGAUGACAGGCUCCUGUACAAUCUGAUAGUUGUUCGCAAUCAGCAGGCCAGGGAUUCAGAGGAAUGGCAAAAACUCAACUAUGACAUCUACACCCUGCGACAGACUCGAAGGGAAGUGAGAAAUAGAUGGAAACGCGUUUUAGAAGAUUUAGGUUUUCAAAAGGAAGUGGACUCUUUGUUGUCAGUGACGAAACUCAGCACUGUCAGUGAUUCUAAAAACACAAGGAAAGCUCGAGAGAUCUUGUUAAAACUAGCUGAAGAGACUGCUAUUUUCCCAACAGGCUGGGAGCUCUCCGAGAGAUAUCUCUUUGUGGUGGACCGUCUCAUUGCUCUCGAUGCUGCAGAAGAGUUCUUUAAAAUUGCCCGUCAAACUUACCCCAAGAAGCCUGGGCUGCCCUGCCUGGCAGAUGGCCAGAGAGAACUGCACUGCCUUCCACUUCCAAGCCCCUAGAGGCGAGGCUGGGAGGCAGAAUUGGAUUCUUCCACUGGAACUCAACAGCCAACCAAAGCUGGACAAAUGAUUGCAGAUAAGAGUGAACACAUAGCCCGGCUGGCGUGGUUCAGCGGUUGAGCAUCGACCUA